UAAUGUACGUAAAACCAAUAUCCUCUCUAACUCACAUUGGCAGAUAUUAUGUCCGCAUCAUAAAGGACUUAUCAGUAGUCAAAUAAAUCCCAGCUGGAUCAACAGUACUUGUAGGUGGUUUUGGAUUAUGCGGUAUUCCAGAAUGCAGCAUCAAUGCUUUAAAGGAAGCAGGCACAAAGAAUCUCACUGUAGUCAGCAAUAAUUGUGGCACUACAGAUCUUGGAUUAGGAUUACUUUUAAAUAAUGGAUAAUUAAAGAGAGUGAUAGCCUCAUAUGCUGGAGAAAAUCAUAAUUUAGCUAAGUAACACUAUAAUACAAUCAUUUAUAGAUAGUACUUUGAUGGAACUUUAGAAUUAGAAUUAGUACCUUAAGGCACAUUAGCUGAAAAAUUAAGAGCUGCUGGUGCUGGUAUUCCUGCAUUUUAUACACACACUGGAACAGAUACUGUUGUAGAGAAAGGAGGAAUUCCCAUCAAAUAUAAAAAGGGUGGAGACACAGUUGAAAUUGAAUCUAAACCAAAACCUGUAAUAUCUUUUUGUUUAACUGUUUUAGGUUGAAUAUUUCAAUGGAAAGAAGUAUAUUAGAGAAGAUUCUAUUUGGGGAGACUAUGCUUUAAUUAAGGCUAAUAUGGCUGAUACCAAUGGUAAUCUUAGAUUUGUGGGAACAGCCAGAAAUUUCAAUUAAGACAUGGUCAAAGCUGCUAAAGUUGUUAUUGCUGAAGUCGAUUCCAUAGUACCAGUUGGAAGCUUUGGAUUUGAUUAAGCACACGUCAAUGGAAUAUAUGUUGAUUAUCUCUACUAAGGCAAUAAUUAUCUUAAGACAGUUGAAAGACUUGUGUAUGAUUAAAGUGUGUAUGAUAAGAAUAAAGGUAUUAUAGACAUACUAUUUUUUAGAUAUCAAGCCAUAAGGAAAAUAAAAUGCAAUAAGAAAUAGAAUAGCAAAGAGAGCAGCCUAAGAAUUUUAAGAUGGUAUGUAUGUGAAUUUGGGUAUUGGAAUCCCAACUCUCAUACCAGCAUUUCUUGAUAAAAGCAUGACAAUUCAUUUUCAUACAGAAAUAGGUGCAAUUGGAGUUGGUCCAUAUCCUAAAUUAGGCCAAGAAUUAGGUGAUCUUUAAAAUGCAGGAAAAGAAUCAUGCACUUUGAAUUCUGGUGCCACUACUUUUGAAAGCAGUGAAUCAUUUGGAAUAAUCAGAGGAGGACAUUUAGAUAUGACAGUAUUAGGAGCUAUGCAAAUAACAAAAUAAGGAGAUAUUGCUAAUUGGGUUAUUCCAGGAAAGAUGGUGAAAGGAAUGGGAGGUGCAAUGGAUUUAGUUGCUUCUGGAUCUAAAGUACUGGUUGUUAUGGAACAUACUGCUAAAGGAGAAGUCAAAUUUGUUAAUCAAUUAUAAUAUCCAGCAACAGGUAUGAACAAAGUUAGUCAAGUUAUUACAGGUAUUAAAUUUAAUAAUUCUGUUAGACAAGGCUGUAUUUGUUAAGAGAGAUGGACAAUUGGUUUUGACAGAAAUCUCUAGCGACACUACUCUUGAAUGGGUCAGAGCCAAUACAGGAUUUGAAUUAACAGUAGCUGACGAUCUAAAAACAUUCUAAGUUUGAU